AUGGCAGAACAUGACGAGCACGAAAAGCAGACGCUCAAGUCUUACUAUGAGCUUUUGAGGGAGAACAGAUGCUUCAGAGUCAUCUGGUUAGGCGAGGUAAUCAAUAAUUGCGGUGGAUGGUUCAAUUAUGUAGCUACACUGACGGUCAUUGAGAGGCUAGCAGGGGAGCGCGGCUUGCUCGUGUCUCUAGUGCUCAUAGUGCGCAUGCUCCCCAGCCUGCUGCUCUUCCCACUUGCUGGGGUUGCCGCUGACAGAUACAGCAGAGAGAUGGUGCUGAUAGCCUCCAACCUCACAGCCGCAGCUUCAGUGAUUUGCUUCACGCUCAUUCAGCGACCGCAAGACGUGUGGGCGCUGUAUCUGCUGCUGUUCAUGCAAUUCAGCGCCAACAGUUUCUACGAUCCUGCAAGGCGGGCAAUCACUCCCACGAUUGUCUCGACCGAAAAACUCCCCCUGGCAACUACCCUGGACUCCUUUGCCUGGUCCCUUGUGGGCGCUGUAGGAGCCAGCCUGGGAGGCUUUGCGGUGUCACAUGUGGGGCCCAACCUCUGCUUUGUGAUUGAUGCGGUGACAUAUGUCAUUUCUGCCUACUGUGCCUUCCGUCUCAAGGGGAUGUUGGCAGAGCUGAAGAAGAAGAAGGAAGAGGUGGUGGUGGAUUUGGAGGCGUCUCAAGGGCAGCAUAAGGCAUUAGUGGAAUUGGUGCCACAGCCGCCCAAGACGGCUGUGUCAGUGGCGCUGCAUGGGGACGAGGGGCAAUCUCUUCGCAGCAGGGAUGGGAUGUCAGGUGGUGAGGCCAGCUCUGCACAGCCGCUUGACUACUUGGAAGUUGGUGGUGACAGGGAAACCGAGAGUCUCAUUCAGGCGCGGCGAGUAGCACACAGCAGCGCUAGCACGAGCGGUGUGGUAGGGGAGGAAGCUGCAGCGCCUCAGGGCGUGUGGCAGGCGGUCACUGGGGGCUUCAAAGAGGAGCUGGCCGCCCUCAAGGAAGGCGCCGUGUACAUCUCAGCACCAAAGAACAGGGACGCGGCGGCGUUUGCUCUGAUAAAGGCGAGCGGGGCAAUAGUGUGGGGGGCGUCAGAUAUCUUGCAGGUGCGCUUCAGCAACUUGAAGAGCAUGCAGUCGCUGGGGGACAGCUCCACCACACUCGGACUUCUCUUUGCAGCCAUCGGCCUCGCCUGCUUCAUGGGGCCCAUAAUCUCCAACCGCCUCACUCCCCCCAGGAAGCCGCACCUGCUGCGCGCGUGCGCGGCGUCGUUCGUGCUGUUCUUUGCGGGCUACCUGCUGAUGUCAGCGGCGCCCAACAUCUGGGCUUUGAUUCCCUCCACAAUUGUGCACUCCAUGGGCUCCAGCGUGGUGUGGGUUUACUCCACGCUGCUCAUCCAGCUGCGCGUGCCCAACCAGCUGCAGGGCCGCAUGAUGGCCCUGGAAAUGGCCGCCUAUGUGGUGGCAGAGUCAAUGAGCGCGGUCCUGGGCGGCAUGGCGUUUGACCUGAUCGGCAUGAGCGUGCGUAGCGUGGCGCUGAUGAUGUCAUGCAUCGCGGCGGUGUCAGCCACGCUCUGGAUCGCUCAUUCGGUGCCAUGGUUCACUGUGUCCUCCCUGCUGAGCUACUACGCUGUGCUGUACGGCCCACAAAUUUUGCUGAUGAUGAACAUCGCCUACUACCUGCCGUCCAUCCCCCUUCUCAUCUUCUCGGCAGCCUGUGACGAAUGGCUGGACUUGAAGUUCGGUGUCCCAAGGGUCAUCUUGGCACGGCUGCUGUUUGGCCUGGGAGGCUGCACACUCAUCUGUGCUGCCUUCCCCUUCAUUGUAAACACUCCCAGGGCGCUGCUGACAGUGAUAGUGGCUCUGGGACUGGUGAGCGCGAUAGCCUUCAGCUCCAGUUACCAGCUGGUGGCGCGCUUUGCCAACAAGAGUGUCAUUGCGCUGGGCCUGGGGUGUGUGGGCAGCGGUAUGGUUGUGCUCCUGCUGGAGUUGGCUGUGGGCAUGAAGACUCGGCCCACUACGGCCCAGCUCAUCUGGCUCUUCGAGCUGACUGCGGGGCUGGAAGAGGGGUUGGAGGGCAGGGAGAGGCAGGGGCUGGCGGCAGGGCAGCAGCGGCGCAUGUCAACGCCGCUGCUGCUGAAUUACUCGCCGCUGGAUUUCAUGGAGCAGCUGUCCGAGGGCGAUGCCUUCAGUGGAGAGCCCUUCCUCUUUGCCUCAGGAGGACAGGCGCAGGGGCGAUCGAGGUCAUUGGAUCAGGGGCCGCGGGGGGCGCAGUGGGGUGGAUCCCACAGGGGUGGAUCCAUGAGGCGGGCAGCUUCCGAGCAGCCACUCGGCAUUUCUGAGCGCGCCAUGAAGGCCAAGCUAGCCAGGUCAGCGCUGACGCAGCAGCAGCAGGAGUGGCGGCCUGCGCUGACGCCGGUGGGAGGCACCACCCCAGAAGCCCCGCUGUCGCCCAAAACAUCUCCAGCGGCGUCUGUAGCGCCGUCGCAAGCCGACACCACCGCCUCCACCUCUGGCCACGCAGGGGCGCUGGGGAGCGUGGUGGCGCAGUGUUGGCCAGUGCUGGGGGCGCUAUUCUUCAGCGGCACUUUUUUUGUUCUGGCCUUCCCCUUCUUCACCUAUGUGCCCUCGGGUGGAACCUUCGGCCAGGACCUGCCCAAGGUGCUGUUCUUUGCCAGGCUGGCGGCUGACGUUUGCGGGCGAACGCUGCCGCGGCUGAAGCGGCUGGCGGUGCGAUCGCGGUACGUGCUGUUCUGCUUUGGCGCUGUCAUGACCGCCUCCGUCCCCGGCUACCUCUACUACAUCAAGCAGACCGCCUGGCACAACGACUGGUUUGUCAUCGGGUAUAUCGUCGUUAUGUGGAUCCUGGGGGGCUAUGUGAACACCUGCUCCUAUGUGCUGGCACCUGCCUGCGUAGAGCCACACCUGAAGGCCACUGCAAAUGGAGUUCUGGCCAUCACAUACCAGAGUGCCCACUGCACGGGGCUCAUUCUGGCGACCAUUAUUGCCGCAGCGCUCUUUGGCGGGAUUGCUCCCAUCUGA